CCCAACCGCUGAAUAAUGAUAAUAAUGAUCAAGAUGGCUACUACAGAAUCCUCCUUGCGGUAGCCAACCUCCAGUUCCAUGGAAGCGUUUAAAACUGCCUUUUCUCACAGUUUAAGUCCCUUUUAGGAGACGGGGGCUCUACCAGGGAUACUACUUUAUGGAUUAACACGGGCUAAAAGGAUAUAAAAGUAACUGUGUUGCUUCAACCACUCAUUCUAAAGGGAAGCUAAGCUAGCAUAGCAACUAGCUUUCUUCUUCUUCUUGACGACCGUCUCCAGGUUUCCCGGUUUGCGUGACUUUACGUGACCCGGUUCCGUUAAAGAGCGUCAAAUGGCAGAACCGAGGAAAGUACCGUUCGUCACUAUCUCGUCCUUCAACACCUCGCCGGUGGUUCCGACCCCCCAGCAGGAGUCCAGCAAAAAGCGCCGCCGGGAAGAUGAGGCCGCCGAGGUGACUUGUGGGAAAGAUGGAGGUGGAGGUGGUUCUGUUGUCGGGUCAGGAGAUGGAGGUGUAAGUGGAGGAGCUCCGUUCGGGAAUGUGACACCGACAGGAGGAGAGGGAGUCACCGGGGAGGUGAAGCCUUCUGUGCGGCUGCUCCUCCCGCUGGCUGAGCCCAGUGACCGGGCUUCAUCAGAGUUCAACUACGGAGAGCUGGUCAACUCAUCCCAGCCUCAGACUCAGCCUCAGCCUCAGGUAAAGCCUCAAGGUUCAAAGGUCCCUAAAGGCCUUGCCCCCCCGCUGGACCCCAGCGACCCGUUUGCUGACGACAACAGAGAGAGACGAGAAGUGGAGGCGAUGGCCAAGAAGUUUGAGAACAAAUACGGUGGUGUCCCAAAGAAGAAGAAGAAAGACCGGAUGCAGGAUCUCAUCGACAUCGGCUUUGGAUACGAUGACACCGACCCCUUCAUCGACAACUCAGAGGCUUAUGAUGAGCUGGUGCCGGCCUCUUUAACCACGAAACACGGAGGUUUCUACAUCAACACCGGAACGCUGCAGUUCAGAGCGGCUUCAGACUCAGAGGGGGAAAACGGCGGCACGGAGGAUAACCGCUUCAAGAAGAUGAAAGACGGCGAGGAGCGGGUGAUAAAGAAGCGUCGGAAAAAGCAAGAUGGUGGUAUUCUGGAGGAAAAGAAACCCAGAAAGAAUAAAGUACCAAAGGCUGGAGUUUCCCUGAACGUGCACCGCCCGGAGAAGAAGAAGAGGAAGAAGCUGAUGAAGGACUCCAUCCACCUGGCCAACAUGCUGCGCCGCUUCACCCGGGAGAAGGAGGAGAUGAGGAAGAAGAACUUCACCGCCCACGCGCUGGCUCGUGCCAACGCCAAAGCUCCCAUCGUCGCAGUCGCAGUCGCAGUCGCCACCGGCAACAGCAGCACCGGGCUGAUCAACGCCCAGGCUAAAGUCUCCGGGGCGGCCGAUUGCAACAUUACAGACCUGACCUCCGACCCCGCUGUGAUGUCACUGCUCGGAUCGACCAAUAACGACAUCCUGCAGGACAUGAUGGGCGACCUGGACUUCGAGAUGCUGGACUCCCCGCAGCACAGCCCUCUGCAGGGGGCGGAGAAUGGGGCCUUCGGGCUCAAAACAGCAGGGGGCAGGGGGGGUCAGGGGGUCAUGGCGCCCCCCCCUCUGCCCAGCGGACUCCCAGCACCGCUCACUAAACGCAUCGAGGACCUCAGAGCGGCGUCCCGUCUGUUCGAUGCCGAGGGCAGGAAGAAGUUCUUCACGCUGGACAUGAACAACAUCCUGCUGGAUAUUGAGCUGCAGGUGCAGGAGCAGCCGGCUGAGGUGCGUUCAGUGGUCUACUGUCACCUGGAGGCCUUCGUGCCCUGCAACAAAGAGGCUCUGCUCAAACGCCUCAAGAAGCUCAGCCUCAACAUACAGGACGACCGUCUCCGGACGCCGCUGCUGAAGCUGAAGCUGGCGGUGUGCAGCGUGAUGCCGGAGCAGAUCGCUCGCUACAACAUGGACUGUAUCGCUAAAGUGGCAAAGCAGCAGUCGGGCGAGGCGGAGAAGAACGGCUCUGAGGACGAAGAUGAGGAGAAGCCGGGGAAGAGGGUGAUGGGUCCUCGAAAGAAGUUUGUCUGGGACGACAAGCUCAGGUUGUUGCUGUGUACUCUGGUGCGGGUGAAGCUGGGCUGCUACGAGCUGGAGGGGAAGAACUCUCUCUCUCUGGAGGAUUACCUCAAAGCCUUCAUGGAGACGGAGGUGAAGCCGCUCUGGCCCAAAGGCUGGAUGCAGGCCAGGAUGCUGUUCAAAGAGAGCAUCAUGGCUCAUGGUCACAUCACAGGCUACACGGCAAAGAAAAAGAUGGUCUCUACUCCCAAAGCCAAAUCAAAGGAGGCGGUGUGGAUGCAGCGCUCGAGUCCAUUGGUCCAGACUCCUGCCGCUCAGGUUGCUAAGCGACCGCCUCUAUCUCCGUCUGAGACCAUCUGUCUGGACUCUUCUGACGACCAGCUGACGGUUCCGUCUCUCGACUCCAUCUCUCAGGCUCUGGCCAUCCUGGGGAACGCCGCCAAGGGCCUCGCUCAGGGAGACAGCCCCCCCUCCCCCGACAGACCCUCACCCACCCAGACCCUCAGCCCCACCUUCAAACCCUCCCAGCUCCAGCUCCACGCCUCUCCGAUCCUCCUCCAGCAGCAUAAGAAGAACUCGCUCAGCCCAGCGCUCUACAUCUCUACCUCCUCCCCCUCCACCCCCCUCUCCCGAACCCCCCUCUCCUCCCCCUCCACCCCCCUGAUCCGCCCCCUCUCCGUCACCUCCACCCCCCUGACCCGCCCCCUCUCCGUCACCUCCGCCCCCCUCCCCUCGGUCAGAGUGGACGGGAUGGGGGUGACCCACAGACUCUCGGUGCUGAACACUUCCAGGACUUUACCUUUACCUGUUGGGGUGUCUAAAGCCAACAUGGUCGCCUCUGCGUCUCUCCCCAAACCUCGCCCCCCCCCCACCUCGUCUCCCCUCAUAGCCCCCGGGUCAAAACCCCCCCCCUCCCAAUCCCCCCUACUCAAAGGCAGCAAUAACAAACCGGGGGAAACCAUCAUUAUCACCUCGCCUCGUCCUCACACCCUCAUUUCCUCCCCCCACAUGAUCCCUAAAACCUUCCAGCAGUCCCCCCGCCUCCCCCUCUCUAAACCCUCCCUCUCCCUCUCUAAACCCUCCCUCUCCCUCUCUAAACCCUCCCUCUCCCUCUCUAAACCCUCCCUCUCCCUCUCUAAACUCUCCACCCUCCCCCUCUCUAAACCCUCGACCCCCCUCCCUCAACCACAGUCUAACUUCAUCACCCCGAUGCACGCCACCCUCACAAAAUCCACCCACAGCAGCAUCGUGAAGCUCACCGCCCGCCCCACCCUCGUCACCACGACCUCCGCCUCCCCCGUCAUCUCCCAAACCCUCCCCCAAAGGUCUCAGGCCGCCCCCCCCCUCCACCAGUACUCCGCCAAAACCCCAUUCCGCUCCCCCCAGUUCUCAGGAGUCCAGGUGGUGAAGCCGGGCAGCUACACUCCCCCGGGGGGGCAGAAGACCCCCAACAACAGCAGCAGUACCACCAACACCAGCCUUAUUAACGCCUCAUCCAUCAGCAAGCAUUCAGGAUCCAGUGCCUCCCCCAUCAUCGUCUCGGCCAAUCAGGGGCAGCGUCAGAGGCUCGGGGGCGGGACUUCUCAGGGGGCCAAACAGGUCGUGUCCGUCACGUCGUCCUCCGUCUCCUCUCAGUUACCACAGGUCUCCACAGCAGGGGGCGGUCUGCUGGGCUCCGGCUCCCCCCUCGGGCUGGGCUUUGGGAUGUUGGGGGGUCUGGUUCCUGUCUCGCUGCCCUUCCAGUUCCCCCAGCUGCUGAACCUUCCUCCUCUCAGCUCCUCCUCCUCCUCCAACAGCAGCAACGCAGCAAACAGCGCCGCCUUCUCCACCCUCACUCAGAAUCUGUAUAAGAGUCUCCAGUCAGGGUCUCAGGUUGCUCUGCCUCCUCACUUGCAGCUCGCUUUCUCAGAUGUCACUCAAAGCCAGGGGGGCGACGCUAAGAGGAAGACGCUAUGAUACCCCGGGGUCAGGAAACGACCAGGAGUAGAAUCAGGAGGAGCUUCAGGGGACGGAGGACUCUAAUAAAAGGAGCACCGUGUUAUACUUCCUGGAUCUGAGAGGAUCCACUUUUCAUAAAAACCACAGUGAAAUAUAACUUUUUUUUAAGGUGAUUUGAUAACGUUUAAAUACUAUAGAGCGGUGCAGGGAUGACAUAUUUUUGUAGGUUGACCCGGAAGUUAGCUGCUCUCUGUUCCCUCUGCAAAAAGACAAUGGGAUUUUUUUCAUGAGAUUUUGGAUUAUUGAAAAAAAAUGAACUCUGUAUAAAAACAUGAUACUUACAUGUUUUGAUCAGCAGGAUAAUCUCCACACGUUAACACCACUUGCAUAAAGUAACAUUAGGCAAUAAAUGAACUACAGAACGGUCACAUGACUUCACGUCACCACUGCUAAGCUAAAGGCGGCUAAUGUUAGGCUAUAAAGGAACUACAGAACGGUCACAUGACUUCACGUCACCACUGCUAAGCUAAAGGCGGCUAAUGUUGGUCGUGAUGCCGUCUAGUAGUCUCAUUUAGUCACUUGUUAACAACCGCUGUUUUUAAAUUCAUCAGUGGGGUUUUUACUGACGCAGUUAUGCACUCAUGUGAGCACAGUAGUUCAGACAUUGAGACGCAGCGUCUGAAGAUAAACGAGACAUGUUCAGUGUUGAUGUAAGACACUUGUGUAUAAAACCAAGUAUAAGUUGGAUUUUUUACGUUUUGUUGGCCAUUCAUUUAACCCUGUAGUGCGCCCUUAUAGUUAAACAGGGCCCACGUAAUAACAACGUCCUCAGCUUGAACCCGGUCCACAUGUGACGUGUCGGUUAAAAGCUAAAAUGACCAGGAGUCUUUUUGUGUGUUAAAUUCAGGCAGUCCUGCUGACCUUAAACUUUCCAUUUGGUCCGAAACAACUCUUAGGGCUAGCGUGAAGUAAAAUAAGUUAAUGUUCGUGUUGACCUUAUUUCAGGCUCAAAACCAAGUUAAAAAAACAUUGGCUUUUAGACCAGGGGUCAGGAAGUGCUAAAAAUGCUGACUCCUUUUCGGGUUUUAGGACUCAUUCCUGCACCUCUCUAUGCCGCAAAAUGAAAUGACAAACAGUUGUCAAUGUUUACAAGAUAGACCUAUAUCACUGUGGACAGGGAGAAGGAUGAAUGGGAUUUUUAGGUGUGUGUACGAGUGUGUGAAAGGUUUUGGUAGCUGGGAUUGAGCGUGUGCCUUCGUGUGUCUCCCUCUCUGAUGCAUGGUCAGUUUGUCUGUUUUUAUCAUGUAAUUAUCACUGAUACCUGUGUUUGAGCUUUUUGUUUUUUCAAUGAGAGCUGUACGCUUUUUGUUUUUUUAUUGUACUUGAACUCUUGAAUGAAUUUCUGUAUAGAACUUGCUUUUAAUUAAAUAAUUUCCCUUCUCAACGGA